AUGUUUGACCGAUAUGACGUGCACACCGUCAUCAAGUGUGGUCACAAUUUGCUCGCUUCGGAAGGCAAAGAGUUUGACAAUCCCGAGGAGGCGGUCACGUUGAGUGCUCUCGAUGCAAAGGAGAAAAUUGCCCGACAGCGAAAACUGCUCAAUGAAAGACUAGGACUGGAUAUGGCGGAGAAGCUGGGCUUCCAACUGGACCUCAUCUCCAGCUGUGACUUGGAGAGCACCAAUGGAGUCACCGCUCAGACUGAAGGCGCAUCCAACUCAACGCCAAUGAAUGAAGAGAAGUUGAACGAAGUCCUCACAAAGGCUACCGGUGGGCGGCAGAUGGUGAAGAGGCAAAAGUCACUGUCCACCAGUGGUGCGAAGCAGACGCUGAAGAGGUUAAAGUCCACCGAGUCCUUGGUGGAUGAAGUAAGCAAGAAGGUGAAAGCUGAGCCCAUGGAUGAGAGCGCUGGCGGAGAGACAUCGUCCGCUGAGCCAGUCUCCACAGCUGAAGCAGAGGUCAACGAGUGGCCGCUGGAGUGGUUCAGCGACGAGCUGAUGGGCGACCUCUUCAACCCACUCUGGGAAAUUCGCCACGGCGCCGCCACUGGACUGCGCGAAAUUGUGAAGCUGCAGGGAAGAUGCGGCGGUCGACACCGGUCAGCGCUGGCCAGCGAAAUGGACCAGCACAACCAACAGUGGCUGGAGGACCUCUCACUGCGCCUUCUCUCCGUUCUCGCCCUCGACCGCUUCGGUGACUUUCUCUCCGACCAGGUGGUGGCCCCGGUGCGCGAGACCUGCGCUCAGGUGCUCGGUCUGGUGAUCAACCUGCUGACGGUGGAGGGCGUCGGCAAUGUCCUGCAGAUUCUACUUCAGCUGCUUCGCUGCUCAGAGUGGGAGGCACGUCACGGCGGAAUGCUCGGCCUGAAGUACCUGCUCGCCGUUCGCCAGGACAUGAUCAGCACACUCCUGCCGACGGUCUUUGAGCCGGUCUUCAGCGGCCUCAAGGACUCGGUGGACGACGUGUCGGCAGUGGCCGCCGCCGCCCUCGUCCCGGUGAAGAACGAACUGAUGAGCUUAAUUCCCGAGAAGGUGCCUCUGGUGAUUGCCUUCCUCUGGGAGGCCCUUCUCGAUCUGGACGAUCUGAGCUCCUCCACGGGUGAUCUGCUGAUGCUGCUCUCCUCUCUACUCACCUUCAAAGGCCAGGAGAUGCAGCACAACCUCUACGACGACAAGGAGCUGGUCAGACUGAUUCCCCGUCUGUGGCCCUUUCUCUCGCACUCGCUCUCUUCAGUGCGCAAGUCAGUGCUCGACUCGCUGCUGAUUCUUUGUGAUAAGAGCUCCGAUGACUGGCUGACGCCGUCGCUGCUGUCCGAGGCGCUGCGAUUGCUCUACCAGCGGUCACUCGUCGAGAAUCUCAACUCUGUCCUGGAGAUGCUCCACAAGGUCUGGCACAGUCUCGUCUCGAAGGCCAAGUACUCGCAGAUGAUUGAGGCCACCUGCAACUACGUCACCGGGUGGAUCUGCCUGAUGAUGCACCCGCAGAAGGUCGCCAUUGACCCGCAGACCUCGCCCGUCUGGCUCGAGCUGAAGCAUAUCAUUGCCAGUCAACAUGAGAGUGGUGGCAGGGCUCGAAACGGAAACCGAGACGACUCGACCAUGGAGGCCCUAACUGAACAGUAUUACAUUGGCGGUGCCGAGUCACUCUGCGACACCAGUGAGGAGCGCGAAAAGUGCGUCAUUCGGGCGCGGUAUCAGUGCGCCAGACUGAUUGGCACACUGGCGUACUUUCUCACCGAGCCCUACCUCGAUCAGCUGCCGCCACCUGGCCCAGCCACUACCACAGCAGCAGCAGCAGCAGUUCCGAAUGGCAAUGGCAGCACUACUUCUGCAGAGCAGGAACCAGCUUCUGCGGUCCAGCCAGCAGCAGCUCCCAAUGCACUGGAAAGCUUUGCCGGCAUUCUGCUGUUUCACCUGAACAGCAAGUCGGCCAUUCAGCGGAUGUGCACCUCGUGGAUCAUCAAAGAGUGGGCGGUGGUGAUGGUCUCUCGUCGGGGGGAACGCCCGCCCCUGUGGCUGGCCAAGAGCGAGGACGAUGCGAGAGAGCCGCUGGUGUCGAAGCUGUACAAGCCACUCAGUGACCGGUGCUUUGAGCUGCUGCAGGAGUCCCUCUUCUACGAUGAGCUUCAGAAUCAGUUCACCCGUCUGCAGAUUCACACUCGUGACUUUAUCAGCUACCUGCGUCUGAAUAAGAUUCCAUUCAAUGAAACGGAGUUUGGCGCCAGCAACGUGUACACCUGUCCGAAAAUCAACGACCUGGUGAACGAUGUGUCGAGUAACAGCCUCGCCGAGCUGAAGCGCCAGUACAACAGCAGCAAGAAGCCGACGAAGAAGCUGAAGGCGAGCAUUGACACCGUCGAGGAGCGAAUCACCUUUCUGCGGCGGCAAUGCGGCGAAAUGCAGACCUACUCAAGCUCGCUGACCAUUGCCGUAAACUCUGCGCUGGCCAGUGCCCUCAUCUCCUGGCACUACCUGCCGGAGAAGCUCAAUCCCAUUGUCCGACCGGUGAUGGACUCGAUAAAGGCCGAGGAGAAUGAGCAGCUGCAGCGAGGCUCGGCCUCUAGUUUGGUGCAACUACUUAGACUGUGCUGUGAACGGUUUUACCUCAACCCCAGCCUGCCCACGCCACUGCCUAAGAUUAUCAAGAAUCUCAUUGGAUUCAUGUGCUCGGAUAGAAACUUUACGCCGGAGAUAUCGCUGCUCGGUGCGACCGAGGUUGAGGUGGUUGGAGCAACGGAGGACAGCAGUAACAAAAAGAAGAAAAAGACGGAAAGCCGAGUCAUGAAAAAGGUUCAGCUGGGCAUUCUAACGCUGGACAAUAUGCAGAGGAACGCGGAGAAGUCGACCACCUUCAGGCGGUCCAAUUCAGUGAGCGUCAAAAGUCAAAAGUCCGUCGAUGAAAGCAACAGUGCUGCUGCUGCCGGCAGCAGUGGCGGCCAAGCGACGGCUAAUGGCGGUAACAGUGCCUCAACAUCAGCAGCAGGCAGCACUCCCACUGCCACGCCGGCAGUUCCCUCCGAGCUUGACGACAAGAGGAAUGAAAUUCUGCGUCGAGGUGCCACGAUCGCCCUCUCCGAGUCCUGUCGCUACUUUGGCACCUUCCUGCCGGACCGCCUGCCCACCCUGUGGGAGCACAUUCUUCACCUGAUCAGCUCCAAGGCGUCCCCGCCGUUCAGUGAGCCGUCGCUGGCCGAUGCCAAAUACUUAAUUCAGUGCCUGCAGGUCUUCGAGGUGGUGGGCCCGAAUCUGGAGCAGUCGAUGCAGCUGGAGCUGCUCACCGCGGUGGACUUUCUCAGCACCUGUCUGGAGUCGUCCUUCAUCACCAUUCGCCACAUGGCCGCCCGGUGCUUCGGCAUGCUCUCCACCAUUCUGCAGAGUCAGACGAUGAAUGUCAUCCUCACGAAGACGCUUGAUCUGCUCGACUCGACGGAGUGCGAGCUGAAGCGCCAGGGCGCCGUCGAGGCGAUCUGCUGUGUAAUUGAGAAGCUGUCACUGAAGAUUGUGCCCUACAUUGUCUUCCUCAUUGUGCCCAUGUUGGGACGAAUGUCUGACCAAAAUGAAAGCGUCCGUCUGCUGGCGACGCACUGCUUUGCCCAGCUAGUGCAGUUGAUGCCACUUGAUAAUGACAAUCAAAACAAACAGCCAAAGAUGCCUGAGUUCUCUGAAGAGCUGCUCAAGCGGAAGGAAAGUGAGCGCCAUUUUUUGGAGCAACUGAUGAACGUGAAAAAGAUCGACGAUUAUCGACUGCCCGUUCCGGUGGAGGCGGAGCUGCGCACCUACCAACAGGACGGCCUCAACUGGCUGGCCUUUCUCAACAAGUACAAACUGCACGGCAUCGUCGCCGACGAGAUGGGCCUGGGGAAGACCCUCCAGGCGAUCUGCAUACUCGCCUCUGACCACCACUACAUUAUGGCUCGCUACCAGAGCGGCGAGUCGAAGAACCGGCCCCUGCCCUCCAUCGUCAUCUGUCCGCCCACCCUCACCGGGCACUGGCUGUACGAGGUGGGCAAGUUUGUCAGCGCCCAGCACCUCAACCCCAUCCACUACACCGGACCGCCCUUUGAGCGGGCCAAACUGAAGCACAAGAUCAAGAAGGCGCUGCAGACGAGCUCUCAGGGGAGCAGGCAGGGCGACAAGGUGAAGCACCACUACAACCUCAUCAUUGCCUCCUACGAUCUGGUGCGCAAUGACAUUGACUUCUUCUCCGCCAUCAGGUGGAACUACUGCAUCCUCGACGAGGGACACGUCAUCAAGAACGGAAAGACCAAACUGGCAAAGGCCAUCAAGUCGCUGACCGCCAAUCACCGCCUAAUACUGACGGGGACGCCCAUUCAGAAUAACGUCCUCGAGCUGUGGUCGCUCUUUGACUUUCUCAUGCCCGGCUUUCUCGGCACUGAGCGGCAGUUUAUGGCGCGCUACUCGAAGCCCAUUCUAGCGUCUCGCGACGCAAAGAGCUCCUCCAAGGAGCAGGAAGCCGGCAUUCUCGCCAUGGAAGGCCUCCACCGACAGGUGCUGCCCUUUAUUCUCCGCCGAAUGAAGGAGGACGUGCUGAAGGACCUGCCGCCGAAGAUCAUCCAGGACUACUACUGCGAGCUCAGUCCGCUGCAGGGUCAGCUGUACGAGGACUUCUACAAGAGUCGCGCCCGGCAGUCGCUCAAGCAGGCCAUCGACACGGAGGUGGAGGAGAUUGCUGGAGGGCAGACUGCGGGCGAGACUGAGAAGAAGGGGGCGGAGAAGAAGGGCGCGGCCGGCUCUGCCAACAAGUCGCACAUCUUUCAGUCGCUGCAGUACCUGCGCAAGGUGUGCAACCACCCGAAGCUGGUGCUCUCGCCGUCGCAUCCGCACUACGAGACGAUCAUGGCCAAGCUGAAGGCGGAGAACAACCCGCUGGCGGACAUCAACAACGCCGCCAAGCUGGUGGCGCUGAAGCAGCUGCUGCUCGACUGCGGCAUCGGCGCCGCCGCCGACUCGACGGGCACCGGCGGCGCGCAGGCGGUGGUGCCCGUCGUCAACCAGCACCGGGCGCUGGUCUUCUGCCAGCUGAAGGGCAUGCUGGACAUUGUGGAGAAUGACCUGCUGAAGGUGCACAUGCGCUCAGUCAGCUACCUGCGUCUGGAUGGGGAUGUGCCCGCCAACUCGCGCUACUCGGUCAUUCAUCGCUUCAACAAUGACCCCUCCAUUGACAUUCUUCUGCUCACCACUCAGGUGGGCGGCCUGGGCCUCAACUUAACCGGUGCGGACACUGUGAUAUUUGUGGAGCACGACUGGAAUCCGAUGAAGGACUUGCAGGCCAUGGAUCGAGCCCAUCGAAUUGGCCAGAAGAAGGUGGUCAAUGUUUAUCGACUAAUCACUACCGGCACGUUGGAGGAGAAGAUUAUGGGUCUGCAGAAGUUCAAGUUAACGAUCGCCAACACGGUGAUAUCCAGUGAGAACUCAAGUCUCGACUCAAUGGCCACCGACCAGCUGCUGGACUUGUUUGACGGCGGCGGCGGCGGUCACUCCUCGUCCAGUGCCGGCGGAAAGGCGCCCGUCUCCAUGAAGAUGAUGCUGGACAAUCUUCCCGAGUUGUGGGACAUUCAGCAGUACGAGAAUGAGUACGAUCUGAACAACUUUAUGCAGUCGCUGCAGUCGUCGAGCAGUGGCUGA